UCCAUUCCACUACACGUGACUCUACCAAACUUCGCCUGGCUAUCGCAGAACUCUCUCCGCGACCAUUUCCUCGCUUGCAAGUCUCCUUUUUCUACUAUUCUACAAGAAUGUCAACAAAUAGACGAUUUUACAUAGGCAAUCUUUCUUUGAAAGUGACUAAAGAUGAUCUUCGCCGUCACUUUGGUUUAGAUAGCACACCUUACUUGAGAUCAAAUUCAUGGAUUGAAUUAUCUGUGGAACGUCCAGGAACUUCUUAUGGAUUUGGAUUUAUUAAUGUACCAGAGCAACUGGCAGGUCACUUACUUCAGCUGAAUGGAACAAAGCUUUAUGACAGGUACAUCAAAGUUGAACCAGCUAAUACACAAGGAGGAGGAGGAGGAAGUCGCAGGAGUAAAGUCUCUAUUCCUUCAAUGUUUCCAUCCUCGUAUGUAAUGCCAAUUCCACAGCUUGCUAAUUAUCCCUAUGGAAUGAACCAGUAUAAUAAUAACAUAAGGGGUCGAAGGAACAGGCGACUUCCUCAAGGUCCAAAUGAAAUAGUGACAGUUCCAGAAGAUAAAAGGUUGCAGCUUAUUGAUGUUGGUGUCAAUCUGCCAAACAAAGCAUUUUCAAGAGAUAUACGGAAUGUCAUAGAACAAGCGGAUGUUGCGGGAAUCAAACAAAUGAUCCUAACAGGUAACACGUUACAGAUGAGUCAGUCAGCUGUUCUUCAAGCUAAAGCACACCCACGUGUCUUGUAUGCAUCUGUUGGUGUACAUCCUCAUUUCACAACAAAAGAAUGGAAUGAAAAAACAGCCAAAGAGAUUGAAGAAUUAGCUAAAGACCCAGUAGUUGUUGCUAUUGGUGAAGUUGGUUUGGACUUCCACAGAAAUUAUUCAGAUGAGAAGGCACAAGUUGAAGCAUUCACAAAGCAGGUUGAGAUUGCUUGUGAGGUUCAGAAACCUCUCUUAGCACAUGAGCGGGCAUCACACCAGAAGUUUAUUGAGGUCUUGAGUCAGUUUAGUGGCAAGUUGCCCUCCAUUGUGAUUCACUGUUUCACUGGUAGCGUCUCUGAAAUGAGUGCCUAUGUUGCCAUGGGAUUUUAUGUUGGAAUCUGUGGUUUUAUUUGCAAAGAGAGUCCAGGCAAAGCAUUAAGAGAUGCUCUCAAAGAAGGUGUUUUGCCACUGGACAGGAUUCUUCUCGAAAGUGAUGCUCCUUAUAUGAUCCCAAAUGCUCCUGAAAAGGAGUUGGAUGAUGUUUGCAAGUCACUUCUUAAAAGGUGUCAACCGGGACGGAAUGAGCCUUGUACUCUUCCCAUUGUGGCCCACACUGUUGCAAAAUGUCUUGGAGUUGAUGCUGAAGAGGUAGCUCGUGCCUCAACUGAAAAUGCAAGGCAGGUUUUUGACCUGAAGUUACCUGCUCCUACCACGCAACCUGCACCCACUGCCAGUGGGACUGAAUGAAUGCUGCAUUGCACAAAGAUAGAAACCACUGUACCAAGUGUAUAAAAUGUGUCAAUGAUCAUAGGAGUAAACAUGGUGAUACAUGUAGUCAUACACAGGCAAUUGCUUAUUAUGUAUGUAAGAAGAAUUUGUUUGAGGAGCUCAACCCGUCUUUAUUUAAUGCAGAGUUGUCAUUAUUUACGCUAAACCUGCCCUACCUGUCAGGGAAUUUUUUCUUUUGUCGCGUAGUUGCUGUUUGUUGAUCCAAAAUAUCUGGUCAGACAUGAAAUUGGAAAAAAUGCUUAAACUUUUGGGCAAGUCAGAUAUGCCCAAGAAAACUAUUUCAAUGGCUCUUUUGUGGUGUUUGAACUUUCUUUUGUAGUGUCAUUUUUUCUGGUGGAUGUUUAUUUUGAAAUCAGAUUUUUCAAGGAGGCACGAGACAUAAGAUUAGGGAUUUCUUGCUUUACUUCAUUCUCAUCAGAGUUAGGUGAUAGUUUUAGACAAGGUCAGGAGUUGUGUUGACCAAUCAUUGUUCCAUGUAAUUAAUGCAGGUUCUCAAUGAUUAUUGCAAAACAUGUUUUGAAUUUAUUGUCAUUGAUAGCAAAGGUAACAGAUAUUUUAGCCUAUUAAUAGGUUAAGUAUAAACAGUUAAAUAUUUGACAGAGUUAAGAAGGGCAAUUAAAAGGAUUGCUUGAAAUUUAACUCACAACUGUAACAAUAGAUAAAAAUAUGUUUUAAAGAUGUUUAAUAUAAAUUUUUGUUUAUUUACAAUUGUUAAAAAGUUACAAGGGAAAAAGUUCACAGUCUACAGAAUGCAGUUAACCAUCUUUUAAAUAAUUCUUGUAGAACUUCCUAGAAAACUACUUUGCUUGUAUAUGUCAGGGUGUUCCUUCUUCUAGAAAUGGUUGUGUAUGUUAUUAUGCUUUAUAUUCCUUCCAAGCAGAUAUUUAAAUGGCUUUCACAUACAUGCAGGGUUAUCUUUUGUUAAAUUAUAAAAAGUAAACAACCAUUAUACCUUGGUGUCAGUUUAGGAUCUCACCUUUUUUGGCUUUAUGCUGGAUUAAUUAUCUUGAGUUUAACAGCUCUACUAUUGUGGCACAGGAAUCCAAAGAGGCUGACUUGUUACUGUUAUUACUGCAAAGUACGUUGCUUUCGUUAAUAUAUUUUGAAAUUAUUACUUUUAUUACAGGCAUUGUAAAUUGUUAAUAUUUAUAGUGAGAAAUGACUUUUAUUGAUAA